AUCCUUUUCUUUACCUAUCAUUGUUCAAGCACGCUAGUCUAUUUUCCUUUCAUGCUUCAGAGAAAAUCAUUCUUUUUUCCGUCUCUCUUUCGUUCGUAUAUAUAUACGGCUGUUUUCUGUUAAUGAGGAGUAGUUUAAGUGUUUUAAAAAUAAAAGGUUGGAAAAAUCGAAGAGUGACACGAUCACACUGGCAUAUCAAUAUCUAAUCCUGAUAAAACUGAAUCGACUGUUGAUUUUGAUCCCAGCCAAUCCGUCAAUAUAUUGCCCAUAUAUCCUAAUUCUCCUUCAACAAACCAUUUUGUCUUUUAUUAUUUUGACAAGCUCGUGUAUCAUUAAUUUUAUUGGCUGAACACAUGACAGAACCUGCUCCAGCAACAACACUUGAUGCAAAUGACCAAAGAUAAAUUUCAUGCAUAGUUUCAUCAUCAAGACUGGUUGAGUAAACUACGGCAUCAUUAGCAACUUUCAUGACACCACUGCCAUGCGUGUCCUGCUCAUUGCAUAUAUAAUGUUUUACUAUUGCAACAACACCUUGAUCUUGAACACCUUGAGUAUAGAAAAAUGCAUUUUCACCUGAAAGAUAUGGAUCCAAGCCAAAUCCUUCCCAGUUACGACCAUGUUGAGCAUUUCAAUCUAAAUUCACCGUAGGGACAAGUGCAUAAUAGACACCUUUGCCUCGAAAUUCUUUUCCGACUAUUGUUGAAUUUUUUUCGUUUAUUUUUAGGUAAAUGCUCAUUAUAUCGUGGCUUGUUGACUGAUUCGAUCCUUCGUUGUUUUGUUCCGUCGGUCAAUACGAAUAGCAUAUUUCGUACAGCUCAUCGUCAACAACAUCAGAUCCAAUGAAGAGUUUUUUUGCUCAAUUUAUUCAACAAAUAAACAAAUGGUUUGAUUGGUUUGAUCGAUUCAUUGAUAUUUUUCAACAUAUUAUCGAUUGGUUAAAGAUGCAUAAUGUAAAUCGUUCGAAUCAACUAUUAAUUGGUUCAUUAAGAACUCGUGACGAUCCUAAAAUGACUUUGAUUGAAAUGAGAAUAAUUAUUCUUUGCCAACUAUUCAAUUGUUUAAUUCCAUUUCAAAUUCUUAAUCCAGGAACAUUAAAUAUUCAAGAGAAUACAAUGAAAUUUCUUACAGAAUUAAAACGUUUUCAGCCAAACAAUAGGUUAACAGUAGAAGAUAAAAAAAUUCAUGAACAAAAUAUUUCUAUAAUCCAUCGUCAACAAGUUCAAUGGUCAUUGGCCAGUGAAAAUCAUGCAUGUGAGAUCACUGUUGAAUAUCGCAGUCACGGAGCAAAUGAUCGGUAUAAAACAUCAUUUCAAAAACAAAAUGUUCCUAUCCAUAAAAAUGUUCUUCAUGGCCAAUUCGAAACAGAAGAAACGACAGUAUUAGACAAUGCUUUGAUUACUAUGGAGCAUUUAUUUAAAAGUGGAACCGUUGAUAUUCAUUUACGACGUUUAACAACACAACAAUCGAAUUUUGAAAUUGGUUAUUCAAUUGAUCGUAUUCAAGUUGGAAUGAAAAAAGUAAGAGAUGAAAAUGAUCAGAGCCAACAAGGCUUUAAUCAAUGGGCGCAACAAACAAUUGAAAAUAUCUAUCAUAUUUUUACUCAAUUAGAAUUAAGUGGUCAUCCUUAUUAUCAAUUACGAGAUGAACAUUAUGAAAUACAUCUGCAGCAAACUGAUUCUAUGCUAACCGAUUUACGAAGUUAUCAAAACGCUCGAAUAGAAAAUGCUAUUCAGACUCGAAUUCAAAGUUUAGAAUUAAUAUACAAUACUUUGAAAACUACGUAUGAUAUAUGGAUACAAAAUUUGAAGAAAUAUCGUCAUGAAUGUUCAUUAUUAAAAUUAUUUUCUAAUCGUAAAAUUAUGAUUUUAAUUAUUCUAUUUCGAAUAUCAAAUGCACAGAAUCCUAUUCGAAAUCGUUUGCUGAAAAAAUUAUUUGAAUUUAAAGAUUUAGAUAAUAAAAAUGAAGAAGAACAAAAAAUUAACUAUUUAUUGUCUUGA